AUGCAACGAUUGAGAAGUCUCCUGUCGCUGAGAAGCUCUUCGAUUCUAGAAUAUUCAUCAUUUUCUGCUACGAAAACCGGUUUCGCUCCAUUUCAUUCGACGAGCGUCUUAUCUGAGAAAUCGAGGAAAAAAUUUGGUUCCGGUAGUACUACAACUUCUGAAGGCCAACGAUCUUCCUCAAAGAACUCCUCCGUAAAAUUUACAUGCACCGUCAAGGAGAAGGGACGACGCACCGGUGCUAAAAAGACUCUCAACAAUCUUCUCUUCCACAGAGGAAUCAAUGAUCCGCUUCAGGAGUGGAACUUUGGUCCAAAUCCGCUUAUCCGGGAUAGACAUAUGAAGAAGAAAUCUCCACCUGGCAAGGGAAAGAAGCCUAAGGAUAAGAAAACAAAACGAUGGCACAGAGAGGGAAAUACUGACGAUGAUGCUACUAAUCCAUUUGAGAACAAAUGGAGAGAACACCCCUGGACAAGUCAAUCUCAGAAGGCCUCGUAUUCUAGGGACUCUGCGUCUGGAUUUGAAUGGAGAGAAGGAUGGAGCUGGACAACUCAGUCUCAAAGAAGCAAAAGCAAUAGCUGGAACGAUGAGUCUUGUGAUGAACCGUUUGUCGUUGGUUCUCAGUCUGAGAGGAGUGUUCUUGGUCUGCCUCUAGGUGGUCCUCUCAAAUUAGAAGAUGUUAAGAACGCGUUUCGAUCUUCAGCCUUGAAGUGGCAUCCCGAUAAGCACCAGGGGCCUUCUCAGGCUGCAGCGCAAGAGAAGUUUAAGCUCUGCGUUGAUGCAUACAAGUCUCUCUGUUCUGCACUAUCUUGA